AUGGGGAGAUGGAUGAAGAUACAGCAGAAGCGUGAGCUCAUCCAGAAGGCAGCUGAUUGCCCAAGCAUGACUCAAGAAGAGCUGGGAACGUGGGCAAAGGCAGAAUCAUUAAGCGAAGGCUACGGUGAUGGAAAGAGGCGUAAGCCACUUCAAGUGACGUCGUCUGCGCUGGAGAAAUUGCUACGUGACUGGAUUAUGAAGGUUGAAGCUAACGGUGUGUGUCUUUCUCGCGAAUUAAUUAAGAUGAAAGCUCGUGAUAUUCAGAAAGACUUGUGUGAUGCGUGGGACCUUACCUUUUCGGACGGAUGGUUAACCGCUUUCGAACGAAGACAUCGACUGAAGAGUCGAAAGCUGCCUGGUGAAGCUCACUCUGCAGAUCCUGUAGCGGUUGGCUUAGGUCAUCAGCAACUUCAAGAAAUUACUGAUCUGUACGAACCUAAGGAUGUCUACAACAUGGAUGAGACAGGGCUUUGCUACGCCAUGGCUCCGGCCCGCUCAAUUUGUACUAAAGGAGCCCGCGGUGCCAAGAAAAAAAGACAAGAAUCACCCUCGCUCUAA